CCUUCUCCACAGAGACGCCGCAGGAGUCUCUCUCUCUCUCUCUCUCUGUACAUACGUAGAUAUUGUGUAUCUCUUUGUUUGUCUUUCCAACAUUCAAGCAUGGGGGCAACAAAAGAUUCAGAUCCAUCGCUAGGGUACCUAACUCGGAAAGAAACAGAGGUGAAACUCCCUCGACCCACCAGAGUGAAGAACAAAACCCCAGCCCCUAUCCAAAUCACCGCCGAGCAAAUCCUCCGCGAGGCUCGCGAGCGCCAAGAGGCCGAGAUUCGACCUCCCAAGCAGAAAAUCACCGACGUCACAGAACUCAACGACUAUCGUCUCCGCAAGCGCAAAGAAUUCGAAGACCUAAUUCGCCGAGUUCGAUGGAACACCAGUGUUUGGAUCAAGUACGCUCAGUGGGAAGAGUCCCAAAAGGACUUCAAUCGAGCCCGAUCGGUCUGGGAACGAGCCCUAGAGGUCGAUUAUCGGAACCACACCUUGUGGUUGAAAUACGCAGAGGUUGAGAUGAAGAACAAGUUCAUCAAUCAUGCUCGAAACGUUUGGGAUCGAGCGGUUACUCUGUUGCCUAGGGUUGAUCAGUUGUGGUACAAGUACAUUCACAUGGAGGAGAUUUUGGGGAAUGUUGCUGGAGCCAGGCAAAUCUUCGAGAGGUGGAUGACUUGGCAGCCUGAUCAGCAGGGUUGGCUUUCCUACAUCAAAUUCGAACUUAGGUACAAUGAAAUUGAGCGAGCUAGAGCCAUUUUCGAAAGGUUUGUGCUUUGUCACCCCAAAGUCACUGCUUGGAUUCGAUUUGCCAAGUUUGAGAUGAAGAAUGGAGAGAUUGGUAGAGCAAGGAAUUGUUAUGAGAGGGCAGUUGAUAAGUUGGCUGAUGAUGAAGAGGCGGAGCAGUUGUUUGUGGCUGCGGAGUUUGAAGAGCGGCGUAAGGAGCCCGAGAGGGCGAGGUGUAUAUAUAAGUUUGCGCUCGAUCAUAUUCCGAAAGGGAGGGCUGAGGAUUUGUAUAGAAAGUUUGUAGCUUUUGAGAAACAGUAUGGGGAUAAGGAAGGGAUAGAGGAUGCCAUUGUUGGGAAGAGGAGGUUUCAAUAUGAGGAUGAGGUUAAGAAGAACCCACUUAAUUACGACUCGUGGUUUGAUUACAUUCGGUUGGAAGAGAGUGUGGGGAAUAAAAACCGGGUUCGGGAGGUUUAUGAGAGGGCUAUUGCCAAUGUUCCUCCGGCUGAAGAGAAGCGGUAUUGGCAGCGGUACAUUUACCUGUGGAUUAAUUAUGCUUUAUAUGAAGAGCUUGAUGCACAAGACAUGGAGCGUACCAGAGAAGUGUAUAGGGAAUGCCUUAAGUUGAUUCCUCAUGAGAAGUUCUCAUUUGCAAAGAUUUGGUUAUUGGCUGCCCAGUUUGAAAUACGACAGUUGAAUCUGAAGGGUGCACGGCUCAUCCUCGGCAAUGCCGUUGGGAAGGCUCCAAAAGAUAAGAUAUUCAAGAAGUACAUUGAGAUAGAGCUGCAACUUGGUAACAUAGAUCGUUGCCGAAAGCUUUAUGAGAAAUAUUUGGAGUGGGCCCCAGAGAACUGCUAUGCGUGGAGCAAGUAUGCUGAGUUAGAGAGAUCGCUUAGUGAAACUGAGAGGGCCAGAUCCAUUUUUGAGCUUGCCAUUGCACAACCUGCACUGGAUAUGCCAGAGUUGUUAUGGAAGGCAUAUAUCGAUUUUGAGAUGUCAGAAAAUGAAUUUCAAAGAACUAGAGAGCUUUAUGAGAGGCUUUUAGACCGGACGAAGCACUUGAAGGUGUGGAUUAGUUUUGCAAAGUUUGAGGCAUCUGCAAUGGAAGAUGAUGAAAGAGGCUCAGACUUGCCGGAAGAUGAUGUCCAGGAAUGUCUUCUCGAUCAGAAGAAGCUAUGCCUUCAGCGAGCAAGAAGGGUGUUCGAGAGAGCAGUUAACUACUUUAGAACUUCUGCUCCCGAAUUGAAAGAAGAAAGAGCAAUGCUCUUGGAUGAAUGGUUGAACAUGGAGAGUAGUUUUGAUGAGUUAGGUGAUGUUAGUUUAGUCCGCGUUAAGUUGCCAAAGAAACUCAAGAGGAGGCGGCAAAUAGAAACCGAGGAUGGCCCAGCCGGGUAUGAAGAAUAUAUAGACUAUCUAUUCCCCGAGGAAACGCAGACCACGAAUCUCAAGAUUUUGGAAGCUGCGUACAAGUGGAAGAAACAAAAAGUUGGUUCUGACGAGGAUUAGCACACUCGUGUUUCUAUUGUUGUGUGUUAUAAUUGUAGAUACUGUGUGUGCCUUUUUGGUGUUCAAAUAUUUGUUCGGAAUGACUAGCCUUUCUGAAUGAAUUUUCGUUUUGGGAUGAUAUGCAAAAUAUAUUCCGAGUCUUAUGAUUCA